AUGGAAGAAAAUCACCACCAAAAGACCAGCUCUAGAGAAUACAUCUUCUCCUUUCCUAGCACUCCAAGUACUUUAGAUCAAGAGUCUGAUUUUGAAUUCGGUUGUUUAACGCCAGAUUCCCCCUCUUGUGAUCCAAACAAGAACUCACCAGCUGAUCAUCUUUUCUUCAAUGGCCGCCUAUUGCCUCAUUCCUUUCCUGUACUUCAACAACAACCAACAACUAUGCUACUUAUUGAUAACAUUUACCGAGAAACUAGCAGAGCAAGCAGUGUCGGCAGCAAGGAUUCCCUCAUGUCAUCAAGAAGCAAUAGUACUAAUAGUAGUAGAAGCAGUGUUAGCAGUGCAAGAACAAGCUCAAGUGACAAUUCAGAGAGGCGAAGAUUGCACAAUAAUAUCACUAGUGCCAAAACACCUUUGGCUAGUAAAGCCGUUAUGGCACAGUUAUAUGGAUCUUCUCAAAGGUGGCAACAUAUCAUGCCUGUGCCAACUGCAGCUUUGAAACGUGAGGAUUCACGAAGAAAAAGUGGUGGGAUUUUGAUUAAAGAAGGGUUGAGCAACAAGAAACAAGUUAAGAGAGGGAAAAGGCAGAGGUCUGGGCUUUGGAGGAGAUUUUUCAGGUCAUUUUUGGUGGCAUGUAGAGAAUGCCAUGCCAUGGAACCAUCCUCAAAGGAUGAUAUGUUGCAGGGAAAUAUCAAGUUAUGA